GUAUAAUUUUUGCAAACAGACCAUGUGACGUGACGUCAUCUACAUGCGCCAGCCGUCGCUGCAUACCGGAAGUUUCAAAAGUAGGUAAACAAACGAAAAGACGGUAAUCUUGGACUGUUUCAUUGCUGUUUCGCUUGGUGUGAUUCUACUGCAAGGGACAGGCCGUCAAAAUAAUGUCUGGCAGUUUUUACUUUGUCAUGGUUGGUCAUCAUGACAACCCGGUGUUUGAGAUGGAGUUCUUACCAUCAGGGAAACCUGACUGCAAGGAUGACCACCGUCACUUAAACCAGUUUAUUGCACACGCAGCCCUGGAUUUGGUGGAUGAAAACAUGUGGCAGUCUAACAAUAUGUAUUUAAAAACGGUAGACAAGUUCAACGAGUGGUUUGUGUCCGCCUUUGUCACUGCAGGACAUAUAAGAUUCAUCAUGCUUCACGAUGUGAGACAGGAAGAUGGAAUCAAGAACUUUUUUAAUGAUGUCUACGAUUUAUACAUUAAGUUUGCAAUGAAUCCAUUCUAUGAGACCAAUGCACCUAUCCGCUCUACAGCUUUUGAGAGGAAAGUACAGUUUCUUGGAAAGAAACAUCUUCUUAAUUAACGGUGUAAUUUUGCUGUCUGCGUUGUGUCUUGUGAAUAGUCACAUGGACUGUACACACAUUUCCUCUAUAAAGCAUUUUUGUAAUAUUAUGUACAUAGGUGCUCUGCAUUAAUUGUACUCAUACAAAUCGGGUGAAAGUUGGCCCGUAUAAUAUCAAAAGCAGGAAGCAGCCUGUGUGUAAAGGAGUGCCAUUAAAGGCGGAACACCGGUGUGACACCUGUAA